CGGCAACAACGCCUCGACACCCCAACAUCCCUUAGCUUUCGAGCACGUUCAUUUUUGUGUGCGAGUCUUCUCCUGUCUUCGCUGACCUUACGGCGGCGGAGCGGAGAGAGAUAUAGAGGCCUCGCCUCACGGGCAACAUCCCGAACAUUGCAAGGUGCCAACAUUCAAGCAGGCAGACGUGCCUGUAACCGUUUGAGCAUCUGCGGACAACCAGAAGGUUGUUACACCGAGGCCGUGUGUUAUCUUGCCAGUAGCAAUUGGAUACUUCUGCGCCCUUCAUCCAUCUCUUCCGAUAAACCGUCAGUCAGACCGCCAUGGGUUGCUCUGCGUCUGCUCUGGCAGCGGCAGAUUUGAACAAGUCCCUCAGGGCUGGUAGUGGCUCUCCCGCCCUCCUGGACAAGCUGGAGGCGUGCCCAUGGCUCCUCAGCACCGCGCCAUCCGUCCUCACCAGCACUGCCGGCACACCGCUACAUGUUGCCUGCGAGCGAAAGCAGCUGCAGGUUGUGCAGCAGAUGUUUUCCUUCCUGUCCUGCUCUCCACUGUCCACGGUGCGGGAGGCGCUGCGGCCGUAUUGCCGGCGAGCUGGGCGCCCGCUGCCUGCGUCCGUCGCGGAGGGCAUACGGAUUGCCGUGGACAUGACCAACUGCAAGGGUCAGACGCCCCUCAUGUACGCGUGCGCUGCGGGCAGCCCCGAGCUCGUGAAGCUGCUGCUGACACAGGGCGCUGACCCGUGGGUCGGGGACCGCUGCGGCUGUCGCACCGCCCUGCACUACGCCUCCAUGGCUGGCAGCGUGUCGUGUAUUGAGGCACUCAUGCAGCACCUGCCCGCGAGGGACAUGACGAGGCAAGGGGUCAGGUACAUCAACGCCCGCAGUCUGUGCGGCCUAACAGCCCUGCACUACACCGUCUUCUUCGACCACCCGGCCGCCACGGAGGAGCUGCUGCGGCACGACCCGCAGCUCAACGCCGCCACCACUUGCGAUUCGUACGAUGUGUACGUCACCUGCGACCCCUUCUCCACCCCGCUGCACUUCGCGGCGGUGCGCGGGACGGCGCCCAUUGCGCGACUGCUGCUGAACCACUAUUUGGUGCACGGCCCCACCCUGAGCGGCUCGCCCUCCCGCGACCCCCGCCUGUGUUGCAACUACGGCCAGCAGCUCCCCUGGCAGGUCGCCGCCUCGCACCACCCCUCCAACCGGGAGCUGGUGGCGCUGCUGCACCCCGCUCAGCCGCUGGAGCGGGCGCUGGGGCUGGCGGGCGAGGGCGCGGGGCGGGGCUCCUCGCCGCUGCACGUGGGGCCGCCCGCACUGGCAGCCCUGGCCGCCGCGGCGCUGCAUGCCAAGCUGGCGGAGGACCUGCGGGCAGCGCAGCAACAGAAGGAACAAGAGAAGGAACUGCAGCAGCAGAAGGAACAACAGGAACAAGAGCAGCAGCGGCACCAACAGGCGGCGGCUUCGUGCGCAGCAGGAGGCGGCUCAGCCGCGUCUUCAUCGCAGGCAGGCGAGGAGGAAUGUCCGCAAGCCGCUGCUGCAAGCGACAACAGCAGCUGCCCCGCGGCAUGUGCAGCAGCAGCAGCCCCACCUGCCGCGGUCACCGCCCUGGGCCCCAGCACCGCCACUGCGCGCCAGCCGCAUGCACCUCCUCCUCCUUCCCCCCAGCAGCAGCAACCCGCAGGCCACCUGCUUCACAAGUGCAACCGUGUGAUGCCCGCCCUGCCGCAUCCACGCAAGGUGCAGGAGGCGGACGACGAAGACAACCUCUGCGGGGUGUGCUUCGCGAGCUCGAUGGAGGUGGCGCCGGCGGGGUGCGGCCACGGAGUGUGCCUAGCGUGCGCGUCCGAGCUGUCUCGAGGGCUGUUGGCGGGGCCCCGACCCAAGCCGCUGCUGUGUCCCUUCUGCCGACAAGGGGUUGCGGGCUUUGUGUGUGUUCCCAGGGAAGCGAGCUGAUGCGGCUGUUGACGUAGGUUAUGUUGGGAGCGAGUGCGGCAGGCGCUGCUGGUGCUCGUACUUCCUUUUGCACGGGUUGUGCUGUCCCGGUACUUGUAAAGCACUGCUAGCGGCUGUCAGUUGCACGGAGUGUUCUCUUCCCCAUCUCUCUCUCUUGGCUGGCGCCCUUCUGCAUGACAAGGCCGCCUCGGCCUCAGUCUCAGAGUGUACCAGGGCUGAUGUAUUGCGGCGCCUUCACCGUCGCUCCGUGUGCUGUGUCUUCAUUUCUGUUUUCGUGAUGAGGCGCUGCGCCUGCCGGCUGUGUGCGGCCGGGGGGGCGGGUGCUGGAGGUGUGAGAGCGCUGUUACCCGCGCACGUGUCACCUGUUGGCGGGCUGUUGCUGCUGGAGGGGGCGGAGCAGGUGGCGUGUGAGGAGGAGUGGGCGGCCGCAGCAGCAGCCCUCAGAGGAGGAGUGAUUUUAUAAGCCUCGUCGAAGUCGCUCUGCCGGGUUGGGUGCGAGUGGAGGAGUCAGGAGUGGCGAGUGCGCAUUAGCAAGGGCAUGCCCGGCAGUAGGCUGUUCCAGUAGGCUGCCUGCGUCAAGAGAUAUCCCGUGUGUUGUGCGCGGGUGCGUGAUCCACAAUGGCCAUGCAAAUGCGUGUGCAUAUAGGUGUCCGUUGUUAUAGCGUAUUAGUUAUUGGAGUCCUCUUGGCCAAUGCGUAUUGGUUGGGGGCUAUUGGGCUGGUGGCAGCGGCAGUGGCAGUGGCGAUAUCGGAUGGAAAAGGGAUAUCGCAAGUUUCGACCCCCGCCCCUGCCUGGUUGCCUGCCUACCGUCCUUACAUAGUGAGGGCGGUGGAUGGGGGAUUCGCAACAUUGUAUUCUUUUGCCGCAUGGAGCGCCUGUGGGUUCGGAGAGCAGGUGGGACUAGUGCGCGGAGCUCACACUACAUAUCGUCUUGUGAAGCAGUAGCUACGCCGCGUGCAUAAUAGGGGCGAUGUGCGGUGGCUUUGGCCGACACUAUAACUCUGUCGUUGUGUGUGCAACGUGGAACUAAGACCUUGAACAAGUCAAUAUCCGGUACCUUGCCCACCGACAUGCGGCGUGUCACGUGCGAUAAGUAUGUAGAUUUAUAGCCAUCAUAGGGUUUAUCCACGUUAUAGAUCCACUUUGAAGGAUACCCUGACUGUGAACACAAUAAUUGGAUCCUAUUGUACCAUGCGGUAUGCGCCCUUGGGCGUGUAGGAAUAGUGGGGGCUGGCUGUAACAUGUGGGAGGGUGGCUGUUGGUUGUUGUUUCUGGUGAAAGCGGUCCUCCUCCGUACAACAACCGGCAGGCACCUCUCGCAGUAGCAGGAGGACGGCGGUGAACUUUGUAGUCUUGUAUGGGAGCUUGGCUGCAAUAGCCUUGUAGCUGCAGCGGUGUGUCAGGUUAAGAAAACCUGGGCUAGCUGCGUGUGUUACUAGCACCCCUGCCCGCCAUGUAACGUAUUCGACACG